GCAAGAAACGGAAAACGUGAUCGAAGUUUUGAUGUUGCAACUAGGUAGAGAAGAGCAAUCAUUUCUGAUCAAAGCAAAACAAACCCGAUCGACAAACGUUUUGUUUUGAUGAAGUUAUGGGACUUUUACUGAACGCACCACCGUAUGGGCCGGGUUCACUUUUGAUUUUUCUUUUUUGUGAAGCACAUUUCUAAGCCUAUAACUUUCUUACUAGAUGGGCUAACGGGGUCAAUCAAUAGUCAUCUUGUAGAGAGUUUUUUACUGCAUCAUUUCUUCAUAGAGACAAAUUUACAACCACUUGUUUCACUAUAGAAAAAUUUAUUAUUCAAAUCGGGUCAGGACUUCUGGACCACCCUUUAUGUUCAACAAAGUGAUAAACUUUCGAAUUUUUCUGUCUAAUAAACGUUCAUAAGGAAUAAUGAGAUAAUCAUAGAAUUCUAGGAGACUUCUCCCACUUAUCUUAUAGGAGCUAACAAUGGUGUGCCAGUAGAAGAAAUUCAACAACGAAUAAGCCGUAAAUAUGGAUUUACUGAAUGUUCGAGAAUAUUUUAUCAUUAGUUUUUUUCUUAAGAUCCAGCAUCUGACGAUCAACAAUCGUUAUCCCUAGCACGUGUCUUACCAGAUGAUGCAGAACGUGAAUACAUCAUUUUUCUUAUGUUACUCUUCAUUCGCUAUCAAUUGAUUGUACCAGGCAUAGAAGAAAGUGUGUCGAUAUCACAACCAAUUCAUUAUUUGGACGUAUCAAGUGUACAAGAUUCACAAGCAACAAAUGAACAAUUAAAAAUUAUUGAUACUAAGUUGGAACAGCAAUCAGUUACUGUCUCUGAGAUUCUUUGUAGUUCUGAAGAUAUUCCAACAAUGACGAUUCAAAUACUAGCUCUCAAUAAUUCUCACAGUGAAGAUUCAAACGAAAGUAUACUAUUGGCACCGAGUAUCUUGGCUUCAACAAUCAAUUCCCAAUCACAAGAUAUUCUUCAUCGAACGCCAGAACUAGAAAGAGAAACUGUAAAUACAAACGCACCAGCAUCAGAAUCGUCGGUACAAGAAGCUGCUGAUCCGGAACGAAGCAUCAAUAAUCCCUCAAAUAUCGAAGCAGAAUUACAAGCUAGUGAACUGGUGACGAUAGCGGUACAAAACCAAGAUAAUAAUCGUGAAAAUAAAAGUUUAUUAACAGUCAUCGAAUGUCCUCGAAAUGAAAAAGUGAUGAAAUAG